UGGCCGUCAGUGCUUGCUUAACCGUUGCCGCGUUAGCAAGCCGCAGCUUUCUAGUUCUCCGAUUUUUUGAUUAGCGUCAUUUUUGUGCUCCGUUCUCGCAUUGCUCAGAAACUCAACGACGACUGUUGACAACGAUCCGAUAAGGAUCGGGACGACGAUCCGGUUUGCAAUUUCCGUCGAUAGCGGAAGAAGAUCCUUCCGUAUUUUGACUAGAUUUUUCCUCUUUAAACAUGGAGUGGCUGGGCGUUCUGCUGCUGGCAGGAAUAAUCUCAAAUAUAGCGGCAGAACCGUAUUACACAGUUAUUGCGCCGAAAGUGGUGCGUCCUGAUUCAGAAUAUAAUGUAGCGGUGAGUAUCAUCGGCGUAUCGACACCAUCAACGAUAUCUGUCGAGUUGAGCGGAGAACUCGAUACAGGAAAAAUAUUCAACAUUUCCCGGACGGCAGAGGUCCAACCUUAUUCCACUAAAAUUUUGCAAUUUGACAUCGGUGAAACCACGCAAGGAAAAUAUAAACUUACUGCACGUGGGCUCUCGGGUAUCGAGUUUCACAGUUCGAAAGACGUCGAUUAUGUGCAUAAAAGUUAUUCCAUUUUUAUUCAGACUGACCGCGCCAUUUACAAACCCGGCCACCAAGUCAUGUUUCGAUGUAUGAUAUUGGAUUCAAGGUUGAGACCAAGUAUUGUGGGACCAACGGAUGUUUAUAUCCUUGAUGGCAAUGGUAAUCGCAUCAAACAAUGGAAUCGGCCAUCCGUGACGCAUGGAAUCUUCAGCGGUGAGUUGCAGCUGUCAGAGUCACCAGUUUUGGGCAACUGGAAAAUUAUUGCCAAUGUGGGUGAUCAGAAAUUUGAAAAGGAAUUCGAGGUCGCCGAGUAUGUUUUGCCGAAUUUCGAAGUGACGAUUGAUGCACCGAAACAUGUCCAAUUCAAAGAAUCAAGAGUUGUAGCAACUGUUCACGCAAAGUAUACUUAUGGAAAACCAGUAAAAGGUGAAGCUACCAUAACAGCGUACCCAGAUAUUUUUUCCGGAGUCAUCCAACCGAUAUUCCAGCAACCCGUGAGAAAAGUAGUGCCAAUUAAUGGAAAAGCUACAGUCGAUUUUGGUAUUUUGUCUGAAUUGAGAUUGACUGAUGAGUACGAAAGACCUAUCAAGAUUGACGUAGUGGUGGAGGAGGAAUUGACUACCAGAAGGCAGAACGCUUCGAUGCAAGUGACGUUACAUAAACACAAGUAUACGAUGGAACUGAUAAAGACUUCGGAGUAUUUCAAACCUGGGCUGAAAUAUACUGCCUUUUUAAAAUUAGCGUAUCACGAUGGAUCGCCGGUACAAGACACGAAAAAUCCCGUGCUCAUAGCGUACGGAUACACAUACAAUCAGGCGGCAUAUUCAAAUCUUACACGUAUGUUAGAUGAGCACGGCAUGGUGCAGCUGGAUUUUUAUCCGCCCAAAUCAACGGAUAACUCGUCUUUUCCUCUAAAUAUAGAGGCACAAUAUUUAAAUCUUCACGAAUGGUUUCCCUCAACUAAUCAAGCCAUGUCCGCGAGCAACGAAUACAUCCAGGCGACCUUAAAAACGGAAAAACCAAUGGUGAACGGUUACGUGGAAAUUGAAGUCAACUCUACUGCUCCAUUAAAGUACAUAAAUUACGAGGUACUUGGUCGCGGUAACAUUCUAAAUGCGGGAUCGAUAAACGUGCAAGACAAACACACAACGUCUUUCAAAUUUUUGGCAUCGUACGUCAUGGCACCUACUGCGCAUGUAAUUGUAUAUUAUGUGGGCAAUGGUAAUGGCGAUAUUAAGUGGGGAGAAGUAAUAGCGGAUUCGUUAGAUGUUGAACUUACAGGAGUACUUCAAAACUUUGUCGAUCUUAAACUAACACCGGAUGAAGUCCAGCCUGCGCAAAAUGUUAACAUCAUGAUAUCUGCGAAACCAAAUUCUUACAUUGGAUUGUUGGGCGUCGAUCAACGAUCCCUCUUGCUGAAGUCCGGAAAUGACAUCUCUUACGAUCAAGUGUACAAGGAACUGCAGUCCUACGAUAGAGCAGAGGUAUCACCGUACGCGGUCAUUUUCGACCGUCCUCUGUGGAGACCCGGCUCGGGAACAGCGGAUGAUGUGUUCCAAAAAAGCGGCGUAGUAAUACUCACAAAUGGGUACGUCCAUGAGAACUUUGCUAUACGACCAGAAAUUUUGGAGGGUAGAAUAACGGGCUCGCCUCAUGGGGUGUCCACGCUUCGACCAGACCUUGGUCCACCUGUCACGCACAGAUUAGCGACAAGACCACCGCUGGCAGGUCCUUACGCCUUCUCUCGCAUCCCACCUCCUGUCUGGAAUAAGCCCCGUGUAUUCCUAAUGCAUGACAUCUUAAACACCUGGCUUUUCACAAACUUCUCUUCAGGGUAUCAAGGAAAAGUUGAACUGAAACGAGUUGUGCCAGACUCCAUCACUUCCUGGGUGCUGACUGCGUUCUCCGUGAACGAUGCGCAUGGCUUAGGUCUCAUAGAGGAACCCAGAAAGUUGAAAGUCUUCAAACCAUUCUUCAUAUCCGUGGACUUGCCGUAUUCAGUGAUACGCGGGGAGAUCGUAGGAGUACAGAUUGUGGUGUUCAAUUAUAUGAAUAAAGAUGUGACAGCUGAAGUUCUGCUUUACGAGCAGAAAGAGUUCGACUUCGCAGAAGUCUCUAAUGAAGUCCACGAUGUUCCAAAAUUGGAACCGUAUCGCAAGAAAAAAAUAGAAGUAAAAGCUAAUUCUGGCUCGAGUGUAUCGUUCAUGAUUAUUCCGAAGGAACUGGGAUACAUUACGAUAAAAGCGACCGCCAGCAGCGUCUUGGCUGGCGACAGCGUUGAACAUAAAUUACUUGUUAAAGCUGAGGGAGAAACGCAAUACAAGAACAAAGCGGUGUUCUUGGACUUAAGAAAUGUUGAACAAGCGGGUGCAAAUAUUACCAUCGAUAUACCGAACAAUGCAGUGCCAGGUUCCGAAAUCAUACAGAUUUCUGCAGUCGGCGAUAUCUUGGGCCCGAGCAUUCCAAAUUUGGCGAAUUUGAUCAAAAUGCCGUUUGGAUGCGGCGAGCAGAAUAUGCUGAAUUUCGUACCGAACAUCGUCAUUUUAGAUUAUCUUAAGAAUACGAAUCAAUUGACACAAGCCGUGCAAAGCAAAGCGUUAAAAUAUUUGAACAUCGGUUAUCAACGAGAAUUGACUUACAGACAUACCGAUGGUUCUUUCAGCGCAUUCGGCAUGUCGGAUCCCACUGGAAGUACAUGGCUCACCGCUUUUGUGGCGAAAUCUUUCAAACAAGCGGCAGAAUACAUAACGAUUGAGGAUAGGAUUAUAAACGAAGCUCUGGAAUGGUUGUCCAAUAAUCAAGCUCCGAACGGCUCUUUCCCCGAGGUGGGAAAAGUGAGCCAUCGCGAUAUGCAAGGCGGAGCCGCGAAGGGUCUUGCUCUAACGGCAUAUACGCUCGUUGCUUUCCUAGAAAAUGAGGAUUCUGCAGGAAAACACCGUAAUACGAUAAAUAAGGCCAUUGACUACAUCGUACGCAAUCUCGAAGGAUUAAACGAUACAUAUGCAUUGAGUUUGUGCGCCUACGCCUUGAAUUUAGCGAAUCAUCCGUAUGAAACGUCUGCGUUUAACUUCCUGGAAUCGAAAGCCAUGACGAAACAGGACAUCAAAUGGUGGAGUAAACCCGUUUCGAAGGACGACAAAAACCCGCACUACUCUUUGCCGCGUUGCGUCGACGUUGAGAUGACGUCUUACGCUUUACUCACAUAUAUUAGACGCAACCUAGUCGCUGACGCAUUUCCUGUAAUGAAAUGGCUUAUCAAACAAAGAAAUACAGAAGGCGGUUUCGCCUCGACGCAAGAUACCGUGAUUGGACUUCAAGCACUGGCGAAGCUCGCUGAGAAAUUAUCGAAGGACACAAAUUCAGUUCGAGUCACGUUUGAACAGGGUGAAAAUGGGAACAAAACGUACAUGAGUAUAAACAGCGCUACUUCCAUGAUACUUCAAAAGCAGAUAUUGCCUCCAAAAACACGAGUCGUCAACAUAACAGCGUCCGGUAAAGGAUUUGCGCUAGUGCAAGUCUCUUAUCAGUAUAAUCUAAACGUGACCGGGGCUUGGCCAUUGUUUACAUUGGAUCCUCAGGUGGACAAAAAUUCCAACGCCAAUCACUUACAACUUUCUAUUUGUUCAGGAUUUGUUCCAACUAAAGAAGCAAACGAGAGUAAUAUGGCCGUUAUGGAAGUCAGCCUACCAUCUGGCUUUACAGUGGACAGAGAUUCUCUACCGAGUCUAGAAAUAUCAUCGCAUGUAAAACGUGUGGAAACUAAAGAGGGUGACACAAUGGUGGUUUUAUAUUUCGACAAGAUGGUGAAGCAAGAGUAUUGUCCAACUGUAUCCGCAUUCAGGACACACAAAGUAGCUAAACAGAAACCAGUUCCUGUUUCUAUAUACGAUUAUUACGACUCGUCGAGAAGAGCAAGAGUAUUUUAUGAGGCUAGAAAAACAACAUUAUGUGACCUAUGCGAAGAUGAAGAUUGCGAAGAUCUAUGUGUUUCAAAACCAGGAAAACGAAAGGAUAACGAUACGAUGUCCGCCGCGUCUCGUAUUCACAUUUGUGCAUAUUUGCAAUUUAUGUUUUUCUCAUUCUACUUUUUGCUUCACAAGUAUUUGUAAGUACGUUGUUAUUUUGAAAAUAAUUAUUUUACUAUAUUAUAUUUUUUAAAUCUAACAAAAUAACGUAAAAAAGCUGUAUAAGUUGCGACCAAAGUACUUGUUAUACAGAAUUUAAGAUAUUAGAAUUUUUUUAUAGAAUGUUCAAAUCAAACUAACAUAAGAUUUAAUUACUGAUAAUAUUAAUAUUAAGUUAGUAAUAAAACUUAAUAAUGUUUCUUGUUAUUAAUUAGCAGAAGUUAUCUAUUUAUGCCACAAAAUUUUUCCCUUUUUAAUAUGCUAUUAUUGAUACGAAUUCCUUUUGUUUACAUAUUUAUUUCUACAAUCCCGUAUGACUAAAUAUUGCGUUUGACUACUGCGAGCAAAUAAUUAUUUUCCAUAAUAAUACACAAAAAAGAAAAUGAACAACGAAAAAGAACGAUAGGUAACAUAAGAUUAACGCUAAAAUCUACUAAUUCCAUAUUUUAUCUUAUUUAUUUUUUAAGAUGCUUUAUUAAAAUGUUAUAAUACUAUAAUUAUAUAAUCUGAAACAAUACCAUCUCGAUAUGCGUGCAGAAGAUCGUCACUUGCCAUUGCAUAGAAUCGGAAACAUCGAACAAAAAUCUAGCUUUCUCAAUGGUUUGCAAUUGUUUGACUUAAUUAGUUAUAUACAACCAAUGUGCGUAAAUAUAGUAUUUCUUACAAUUUAGAAACCUUGAUUACGUAUCAUCUUUCUACUUACAAAACUUGUCCAUAUCUCUAAGCAUCAGAAAUAUAAAUAUUUAUAAAACAAUUAUUAAUUUUAGUUUUAACUAUUGUAUAUUUUAUAUAAUAUUAGAAUAUAACAUUGCGUGUAUUGCGCGGGCACAAUUUAGCCUUUAAAAUAUCAUAUAUAAUAUAAAAAGAAAAUUCAAUUGAUUAAAUUGUACGUUAAUGUUAAAAUAUGCAUAUUAUAUAUUUUUAUGCCUUAGAAUUGUAUAUCAUAUCAUUCGACAGGUCUAGAACUUUACUACAAUGCAUUGAAAUUUUAUACUUUAGAAUUCUAAACUAUUUCUUUAUUUAAAAUAGCAAAUUUCAAUGCUCUACAGUCAAGAAAAUGUACGUUCUAACCUAACAAAUGUUAUGAUUGUAAUAUUAGAAGGCAUAAAAAUAAAAUGUAUAUUUUAACAUUCCAGACCAUUUCUUUCUUUAAAGAAUAAGAUUUUAAUGCAUCACAGUAAAAUGUUAGAUCUGUCAAAUGAUAUAAUAUAUGAUUCUAAGGCAUUCUAAGAUAUAAAAGUAAAUAAAAUGUACAUUUUAAUAUCCUAUAUCAUAUCAUUUGGCAAGCUUAGAACUUUAUUGUGAUGCAUUGAAAUCCUAUAUUUUAAAGAAAGAAAUGGUCUAGAAUGUUAAAAUGUAUGUUUUAUUCAUUUGUAUGCCUUAGAAUCUUAUAUCAUAUCGAUAUGAUAUAAGAUUCUAAAAUAUAGAAAUGAAUAAAAUGCCUUAUAAUGUUAUAACAUUUGUUUGGUUAGGUUGGGUUAAAACUUUAGAAUGUACACUUUCUUUAUUCUAACGCAAUAAAAUCUUAUAUUUUAACAAAGAAAUGGUCUAGAAUUUCAGAAUACAAGCUUUUAAUACAUUGAAAUAAAGUUCUAGGCCUAUCAAAUGAUCUAUGAAAUGAAUAAAAUGUACAUUAAUGUUAAAAUGUAUAUUUUAUUUAUUUUUAUGCUUUAAAAUCUUAUAUCAUUUGACAGGCCUAGAAGUUUACUACGAUGCUUCAAAAUCUUAUAUUUUAGAAUUCUAGAUCAUUUCGUUAUUUAAAAUAUAAGAUUUCACUGUAUUGCAGUAAAGAAAAUGUACAUUCUAAAGUUCUAAUCUGCCAAAUGUUAUGGUAUAAGAUUCUAAAGCAUAAAAAUGAAUGAAACGUACAUUUCAACAUUCUAGACCAUUUUUUUCUUUAAAAAAUAAGGUUUUAAUACAGCGCAAUAAAGUUCUGGGCCUACCAAGUGAUAUGACGUAAGAUUCUAAGUAUAAAAAUGAAUAAAAUGUAUAUUUGUAAAAGUAA